ACACAGUUACAGCAGCUGUUUUUAUUUCGUUUUCGCACUGAUUUGUGCGCCAGAGCUACGCCGCCGGACGCGACUCGGCUCGACUUUCCGUGGGGGAAAAAUCGCUUUUGUGCCGUUUCGGGAACGCGGGGAGACACGCGUGAGCGCGCGCGACACGGCUGCGGCAGCCCGCGAGGCGCUUCUGUAUUUAAAUACGUGUCACGCGGUCCUCGCGCAGCUCGCGCAGCUCGCCCUACCCGCUCGGACGUCGACUAUUUUGUACCACGUGACACACGCGUCGCGAACGUAGGGCGGCGCAGGCGGGCACGUGCGGCGGCCGUGACGUUUACGAACCCUUCCGCGCCCGUUUACGACGGCGCGCCGCUGCUUUACGCUCCACUUUUCCUUCGCAGCUGGCUGCCGCCGGACACCACCACCCGCAUCAGCAGGCGGCUCCUGUCGCCGCGUCCCGGCCGCUGCCAUGGUGCCCGAAGAAGAGUCUCCGAUGGACGGAGGCCGUAAGACGGACGGUACGACCCGCGAGGCGGAGGAGAUGAAGUGCUUCAGCAUCCCCGGUCCCACCGUCACGUUCCGGAACUUGACUUACCGCAUCCGGGAGAGCGCGGGGCCGUUUCAAAGGAAGCCGACGGAGAGAGAGAUCCUCAAGAAUGUCAGCGGGAUCAUGAUGCCGGGAAUGAAUGCGAUCAUGGGACCCACGGGAAGCGGAAAAACUUCGCUGCUGGAUGUCAUCGCAGGAAGGAAGGACCCUAAAGGGUUGCGUUCCGGUCAGGUGAUGGUGGAGAACGCAGUCGUGACAUCGGACCUAAGACUUAGUUCAGCCUACGUGGUUCAGGAUGACAUUCUGAUGGGCACUUUGACUGUGAGGGAGAACCUGGCCUUCUCCGCCAACCUGAGGCUUUCGCAGCGACAAUAUUCCCACAUGGACAAGGCGGCCAAAGUGAACCAAGUGAUCCAGGAGUUGGGCCUCCAGGACUGCGCCGACACCAAGAUCGGGACGGUGUUUCUCAGGGGUGUGUCUGGAGGAGAGAAGAAGAGGUGCGGCAUCGGCAUGGAGCUCAUCACCUCACCCGCCCUCCUCUUCCUGGACGAGCCCACCACCGGCCUGGAUGCCAACACGGCCAACUCGAUAAUCGCCUUGCUGCAGAAACUGUCGCGAGACGGAAAGACCGUCAUCUUCUCCAUCCACCAGCCGCGCUAUUCCAUCUUCCGGCAGUUUGACCACCUCACUCUCCUGAACCAGGGUGAGGCCAUCUACGCGGGAGAGGCGAGCAAGGCGGUGGCCUAUUUCGAGGACUUGGGUUACAAAUGCGAGCAGUUUAACAACCCGGCCGACUUCUUCAUGGACAUAACGCAGGGAGCGAUCGGCCCCGCGACGGACGGUCCCAGCCUCGCCACGCUUACUCGGACUGCGGAGGACAAGAACCCGCUGGCCUUGCAGUACCGCCGAUCCCAGCUCUACGGCCGCACGAUGGAACAGCUGGAGCAGCUGGAGAAGAACCCCGUGAACCGUCACGACAAGGCGAGGAGGGAGAAGCCGUGCUACGCCACACCGUUUUGCUAUCAGCUCCUGCUUGUGAGCAAGCGUACGGCGAAGAACAUCUUAAGGAACCCUCAGACUUCCUACGCCCAGCUUGCCCUCAACAUCGUUUUCGGCAUCCUCGUGGGACUCAUCUACUAUCGGAUCCCCCGAACGUUACCCGAGGCUUUGCAGAACAGGAUAGGGGCUUUCUUCUUUCUGGUCAUCAACAUGGUGUUUGGAAACCUGUCUGGAGUUGAGCUCUUCAUCAGUGAGAGAGCACUCUUCAUCCACGAGAAUUCUGGCGGUUACUACCGCACCUCUGUCUACUUCCUGUCCAAGAUGGUUGUUGACCUCAUCCCAAACCGCAUCAUGCCUGUUUUUGUCUUUUCUGCCAUCCCUUAUUUCAUGAUGGGUUUUAAGCCUGAACCAGAGGCCUUCUUCCUGUUCUGUGUGACCAUGAGUCUAAUCAGCCUCUCAGCAGUCAGCUUGGCAUUCCUGGUUAGUGCCAGUGUGGGUUCCUUUGGUGUAGCCAACACCCUCAUUGCACUGCCUUAUGUCUUCAUGAUGGUUUUUGGAGGGUUUCUUGUGAACCUCAACUCCAUGUUGAGCUGGCUGUCAUGGCUAAAGUGGGUCAGCAUCUUCUACUAUGGCUUGAAUGCACUCACCAUUAACGAGCUGACAGGACAGGUGUUCACAAGCAACUACAGCAGCAUUACAGGAGAAAUGUACAUGGAUCAGCAGGCUAUAGAUUACACAACAUGGGGCUUCUGGCAGAAUGAAGUAGCCCUCUUUGGCAUCAUGUGUCUCUGCAUGCUCUUCUCAUACAUCCAACUGUGGAGGAUCAAGCGCUGGAAGUGAGCACUGACUAAUCAAGGAUACUGCUCUCUCUCCUGUGAGCUUGCUGAAAAGCAGUAAUUAACAUGCUGAGGUAGUGUGGCACCUAUCCUCAACCCUGCAGUCUUAUAGUGGUUAUGAUAUUGUGCUACAGCUGUUCAACAUCCACCCACCCUUUUCCCCCUGCAAUUCCUCCACACUGCAGUAUAAGAUCACUUACCUUUAAUGGAGUUAAAUGACAGCUCUGACUUAUCAAUUCAUUAAAACCAGCCACUACACACAAA